AGACCACGCCCCUAGGCGGUGCGCGCGGGCGGUGGGUAGGCCGGGCAGGGUCACGUGAUGCGGGCCCCGCGGCCCGCCAUAUAAGCCCGCGAGCCCGCCGGGCGCCGCGGCCGCACUUGGGGCCGUCCCGGGCCGCGACUCCUCCUUCCCCGCAGCCCCGCCUCCGCUCGCAGAGCCCGAGGGCGGGCGCCUCUCGGCCAGGUACGCGGCGAGCUGGGGCAGGGGUCGCGGGCGGGGUUUGGUCGCGCUGCAGCCGGUCCUCCCCGGAGGAAGCGCCUCUCGGACGCGGGUGACCGAUGCCCAGAUUGCACGACCACUUCUGGAGUUGCUCCUGUGCGCACAGCGCGAGGCGCCGAGGCCCCCCGCGAGCCAGCGCCGCGGGGCUGGCAGCCAAGGUUGGGGAGAUGAUCAGCGCUUCCGUGUCCGGGCCCUCCCUGCUUGCGGCCCAUGGUGUCCCGGACGCUGACCCCGCGCCCGGGGACCGCAGUGCUUCGAUGAGCGGUCCCGAGCCCGGCGGCCCCUACCCCAACACCUGGCAUCAUCGCCUGGUGCAGAGGAGCCUCGUGCUCUUCUCGGUUGGGGUGGUCCUAGCCCUGGUGCUCAACCUGCUGCAGAUCCAGAGGAAUGUCACUCUCUUCCCCGAGGAGGUGAUCGCUACCAUCUUUUCCUCCGCCUGGUGGGUCCCUCCCUGCUGCGGGACAGCAGCUGCUGUUGUUGGCCUGCUGUACCCCUGCAUCGACAGUCACCUCGGAGAACCCCACAAAUUUAAGAGAGAGUGGGCCAGUGUCAUGCGCUGCAUAGCAGUUUUUGUUGGCAUUAACCAUGCCAGUGCUAAAUUGGAUUUUGCCAAUAACAUCCAACUGUCCUUGACUUUAGCAGCCCUGUCUUUGGGGCUUUGGUGGACAUUUGAUCGUUCCAGAAGCGGCCUUGGGCUGGGGAUCACCAUAGCUUUUCUAGCUACGCUGAUCACACAGUUUCUCGUGUAUAAUGGUGUCUAUCAGUAUACAUCCCCAGAUUUCCUCUAUAUUCGUUCUUGGCUCCCUUGUAUAUUUUUCUCAGGAGGCGUCACAGUGGGGAACAUAGGACGACAGUUAGCUAUGGGUGUUCCUGAAAAGCCCCAUAGUGAUUGAGUCUUCUCAACCACCAAUUCUGAGAGCAAGGAAGAUUUUGGAAGAAAAUCUGAUUGUGGAUUACGACAAAGAUUAUCUUUUUUCUUAAUCUACUUAGAUCAGGCUGACUGUACAAAUGACUCCUGGAAAAAACUGUUCACCUAGUCUAGAAUAGGGAGGUGGAGAAUAUGAUGACUUACCCUGAAGUCUUCCCUUGACUGACCGCACUGGCGCCUGUCUGUGCCCUGCAGCAUUCUGCCAAGGCUGCGUGGGUUCAGGCAGGUGGCAGUUUCCCAAGUAUGAGAUUUCAUUCAUGUGAUUAAAACAAGUUGCCAUAUUUCAAAGCCUUGAACUAAGACUCAGUUACCAACUGUCCGUUUUGUAUCAGUGCCCAAAGGAGGUAGGUUGGUGGUGCCUAACAAACACGAAGUAUGGUGUAAUAGGAAUCAUAUUUAUCCAAAAGAUUUUUUAAAAUAGGGCUAUGUUUAAAACAAAACAAAAAACAAACCAAAAAAACAGCAAGAAAAGCAGCAGUGAUUAUAGAGAGGUCACGCUCCAAGUGGAGUCGCGGCAUGGCCACGCUUCACGGUCACGCUCGUUCCUCCUGCAGUGGCGUGUUUACACGGUCACACGUGUGUGUAUCGCCAGCGGGUCAACUGUGCUUUUCAUACCUGUGGAAGUUUGUAUAGACAAUCUUACUGAGCAAAAGGCAAUGAAAAGUCAUGGUCCCACACUGCGAUAUAUUGGAAUUUUCACCUCAGUUUAUGAAGUUUAUUUUGAAAUGCAUAAUCAUCUAAGAAUGAAUACCUGUCUGCCAUGUAUUUCAAUCUUAGUGAGCGAAAAUUGUUUCUUUGUUACUACAGAAUAGAGAUGACUGUUUUUUUCCACAGCCCUAUGGAAUUUGCAAUCUGUGAUUGCCUUGUAAAAAGGAGAGUGCAUAUGUCACUGCAUUAAACAUGUGGUGUUUCUAAAUAUUCAAUGAUAUUGGUGAGCACAAUGUAUUCAUUUAAUGGCAUAGACCAUACCAGACCUAAUUUGCAAGUAUUGGGUCUUAAACUUCAAGUGCAAUGUAUAUGAAAACCAAUCUGAGCCUUGUAUCUCUUAAAUAUUUAUUUUUUUUAACGUGUGAGAUGUUCGAGAGAAGUGUUCUCCAUUCAUUUCAGUGCUGCAUGGAGGAAACUCGGCAAUGAUUUCUUUCAGUCGUGAAGUUCCUUUUGUGUUACACCCUCCACUGAACCCUCAACCUUCGAAAUACUCCAGUUUUGUGGGUUUAGUCAUUUUUGCUUACAAAUUUACCUUUUUGUAUUUUGCAAUUUACAUGUGUUUGGUUUGUUUUAAAUUCUGUGACAGUGGCUUGAUUCAAAGACUCCUUUUAAAUGGAAGCCAGCAGUCAGCAGAAUGGAAGCUUAGAGGACCUUGCCUGUGAGCGCUCCUCUUUGUGUGUGGUUUUGUGUAUGUAAUGAUCUUUGCUGGGGUUUUUUGCUUUGUUUUGAGGGAAAUGUCUUGGAGUAAAUUUUAAGUUCCUGAAACUAAUUUGUUUUAGAGGAAUUUUGUUUUUUUAAAAAGAUAGGAUCAUUCUGAACUUGGGAAUGACCCCCUUAUAUAUUUUCUGAAAAUGAAAACAAUUAGUCACAUGAAAAAAAAUGUCCAAUGAAGAUGUCAGCAUUUUAUGAAAAACCAGAAGUUAUUAGAUGAAAGCAGUGAGUGAAUCUUUAAAACAGACUCGAUCAUGCACAAACAUUAAGUCUUUCUCUCCGAAACCGGAAGUAAAUCUAUAUCUGUUAGAAAUAAUGUAGCCAAAAAAAUGUAAAUUGGAAGAUUUUGUUGCCAAUAGUUUAUAGAAAAUAUAUGAACCAAAGUGAUUUGAGUUUGUAAAAAUGUAAAAUAGUAUGAACAAAAUUUGCACUAUACCAGAUUCGAACAUCUAGUGAGAUUCACAUUCAUACUAGGUUUUCAACAUUGUGUUCUUUUUGCAUUCAUUUUUUACUUUUAUUAAAGGUUCAAAACCAA